AAUAAGCUCACAUGUAUUGCCAAGAUGGCUGUAGACGCGAAAGUAUGAUACUUGUCACUUGUAAAGCAAGCUAACUUAAUAAAUAUUGUAUACUGUUUUAUAUAUUUUCAGUAUCAGACAUUGUAAGAAAUACAUUUUUCUUGCUUUAACGACAAACAAAACCUCAGUGGCAGAAUGAGCAAUAUUUACAUUCAAGAGCCGCCAACAAAUGGAAAGGUCCUGUUGAAGACCUCAGCAGGUGACAUUGACAUUGAGUUGUGGUCCAAGGAGGCUCCUAAAGCAUGCAGGAACUUUGUGCAGCUGUGCAUGGAAGGUUACUAUGAUGGCACAAUAUUUCACAGAGUGGUGCGAGACUUCAUCAUUCAGGGGGGAGAUCCCAGUGGAACAGGAACAGGUGGAGAGUCCAUCUAUGGCCGGCCGUUCAAGGAUGAGUUUCACUCCAGGUUGCGCUUCAAUCGGAGAGGUUUGGUUGCCAUGGCAAAUGCCGGGCCACAUGAUAAUGGCAGUCAGUUUUUCUUCACCCUGGGCCGUGCAGAUGAGCUCAACAAUAAACACACCAUAUUCGCCAAGGUCACAGGGGACACGGUCUACAACAUGCUCAGAUUAGCAGAAGUUGAGUGUGAUGACGAGGAAAGGCCUUUAAAUGCGCACACGAUAAAAACUGCUGAGGUGCUUCAUUGUCCUUUUGAUGACAUCGUGCCACGUGAAUUAAAGAAAGCCAAAAAGGAAAAAGAUAAAGAGGAGGGAAAGAAAUCACAGUCAAAAGCCACAAAGAACUUCAGUCUGUUAUCGUUUGGAGAGGAAGCUGAAGAGGAAGAGGAGAUGGUGAAUCAAGUCAGUCAGACACUAAAGGGAAAAAGCAAAAGCAGCCACGACCUUCUGAAGGAUGAUCCCAGACUGAGCUCAGUUCCAGCAGUUGAUAAGAAAACAAAGAAGAAGACAUCAGGAGAUGGAGCCAAGACAGACGAUGAAGCUGACAGUGAUGCCGAAGAUGACGUGGAUGCAGAUGAAGAGUAUGACUCAGACAAGAGAGAGAAGAUGAGAGAGCUCAUCAGUAAAAAGCUACAGAAAGAAAAAGGAGCAGAGAAAACAGAGCCGGGUGAUGAGGAGCGAGGGAAGAAGCCGAGCCGCAGUGAUGAAUUACGGAAAGAGGCGCGACAGCUGAAGAAGGAGCUACAGGCCAUAAAGCAAAGGAAAGAAGAAAGUUCAAAACCUGCUGUGGAUGAAGUCAAGGACGAGGACAUGAAGCCUUCCAGUGAGGCCGUGGCCGAGUAUCUGGAGGGACGGAGGAAGUACGAAGAGCUCAGGAAACAGAAACGGAAGAAAGGCUCCAGCAGAGAGGAACAGACGCUGGCCCUCCUCAAUCGUUUCAAGUCCAAGUUGUCUUCGGCCAUCACCGAAGCUCCAGAGGAGGACGUGGAGGAGCUGGAGGAGGACGACGACAAAGGAUGGAUGGCCCAUGUUCUGCAGUUUGAUGAGCAAACCAGAAAAGUCAAGGAUGCCAACAUGCACGACGAGGACACGUUCGAGAUCUACGACCCACGCAACCCCGUCAAUAAACGAAGGCGAGAGGAGAGCAAGAAGAUCAUGAAGGAGAAGAAGGCCAAGAGGUGAGGUCGCGAGGUCGAAGGUCGGGUCCUGCCCGGGCCACGUGACUGAGAAACUGGACGUUCAGCAUCCUGCCUGUUCACGUUUCCACCACUUUAAACCCGCUGCAAACUUUGAAGAGUCUCCCGGCUCGAACAUCUGGAUUGAGGAUGCUGACCUGAUCCCUGUAAUCUGUGACGUGAAGGCUUCUCCGCUCAGAACAGCUGCACCUGGACUACGCUCCAUCACUCAUCUGGAUUAAAACUGUGGUCGUAGUAACGAUCGCGGUCCUGAUUUGAUAAUACGUGGUGUCGCUUACUUUUCUAUGACGUUUCUUUUUCUGUUUCUGUCGUCCGGAGCUUGAAUGUGACUUUGGCGGAAAAAUAAAGUACAUUUGUAA